UUUCUAUCCAGCUGCUUGAAUCACUAUUGAGACCUCGCGCGAUUACUCUCGUUGCGCCCUUGUCCUAGUUAUCUCGACCGGCCCUGUUGUCCGAGUCCUGUCUCCGUUUCGAUUUCUCUUACCACUUAGCGUACACCAGACACCUAGCGAGGCUGCAGAUGGGCUUAGGCGCGCCCUCUAGUAUUAAUCGAUGCCUUUAUCCCCCUUGUCUCCGAAUGUGAAGGUGUCGCAAGCAGUAGCGAAGGACGGCGCUCACGACGAUUGUGCUCACCCAAUUGACACUGCCACCGCUUGCCACACCUCGAUUGAUGCCCCAGGCUGCGAGAAUCUUUCUGUCCCCAAACCGCCCACAAUGUCUUCAACAACAGUAGAUGGGCCGCCGCCCCAGUCUUCAGAGCGAUCCAGCACACCUGAAAUCAAGAUGGGGUCAACACCAGAUAGUAGUCCUGCUUUGACAGAAUUCUCCUGUACACCACCUCGCGAUUCACCCCCACCACAUGUUACGCCCUCUACGCUCUCUCUGCUGUCCACUGCUUUACCGACAAAGCCUGUACAGGGGGAAAGUGCCUCGAAACCCAUUUCGGCUCCGAAGAGAAAGCACACUGCGACAACUGAAGAUAAAGCAAAAGAACGGGCGGAAAAGAAGCAGAAGCAAGAGGCAGCAGUGGCAGAAAAGGAAGCUAUGAAGGCCAAGAAAGCCCUUGAGAAAGCUACAAAGGCUGCUAAGAAGGCUCGUGUUGAUACAGAAAAGGAAGCUAAUAAGGCUGCUAAAGCUGCCGAAAAAGCCAAAGCAGAGGCUGCUAAAGAGGCAAAGAAACAGAAGAAGCAGGAAGAGGAACUCGCCGCCAAAGCAAAACAGGAGAAGCAGCAGAAUUUGAUGGCCAGUUUCUUGAAAAAAGCUCCUACCACACCGUCGAAGCCGAGUACUCCUUCCUUAAUUACCUCGAAAACUGAUACAGCAAGCCCGUCGGCACCAAAACAGGACGCUAGACCGACCAAACCGACCAAGUCUGCUUAUGAACUCAAUUUCAAGCCUUUUUUCAUCAAGUCUGGAGUGACCAUGGCACCACCGCUUUGCCAAAUGGAUGAUGAGACAAGGAAAGCAAAGGAGGCCAUUCUUGAUGAUUACAUGCGUGGCGACCGAGGCGAGUAUAAUCCAAAGCGACCGUUUGAUGCUGCAGACACGUUCAGCUUGGCAUUUCCGCAACAGCGCGGCGUGAUCCCACCUAGUGUCAAGAAGAUAAUGGAGAGAAUACAUGGCGAUCCAUACCAAAAUACAUUCGGCCUCACGAACACAAGAAGCGAGUCACAAACCGAGAAGCUCAUCAGCAGCGCCAAAAAUGAGCUUGCCGCUGUUCCAAUGAAAUAUCUACGGUUCUAUGAGGAUGUCAGGCCGGCUUACUUCGGUACAAUGACUACCCCCAUGACCUACAGGAAGCUUCGCACGCUUUCUCGCAGGCCAGCGGGGAAGAUAUUGCCAUUGGCAUACGAAUACGACUCGGAAGCGGAAUGGGUUGAAGAUGAUGGUGAAGAUCUUGAUGACGCCGAAGAUGAGGAAGAAGACCUCGAUGGGGAUGAAGAGAUGGAUGACUUUGUGGAUGACUCCGAAGCUAUUCCCACGAUCAUUCGACCUGGUUUCGAGUCUGAUAGUGUGCCUGUUAGCACAGGCAUAUCCUUUGAAAACCAGAAGCGCCUAGGCCCUUCAUCUACGGUUUACAAGUACAAGCUGGAGUUCUUAUUAGAUUCUCUCGAACAUCACUCUAUGAUAGAUCCGUUUUCUACUGAAUACUGGCCCAUACCAGCAAAGAAAGUCCCAGUAACCGUCACAUUAUCGUCAACACAAGGCACGAUCACUUCUAUGCUACCCCCUUCCGCGCCCCGAGAUGGGGCCAAAGCCGCAUGCAAAACAACAACACUAGACGGAAAAGAUGUAGUCCCGAAGGAUUUACUCGUAGAUUUCAAGCGCGCUCUGCUGAGUGACGAGUACAAAGAUUUCUCGAAGGGUACAGUCAUUGAGGUGCUGGCCAAGAAGUUUAGUACUUGUACCAAAUCACAGGUGAAGGCAACUUUAGAUAUGAUUGCCCACCGCGUCACGCCAGCAGGCCAGGCCAAGAGAUCCAAAAUAUGGGUAUUGUUGCCCGGUUUUGGCCUCGAGGAAAACAAUUAAAUUUCAUCGGAUUGUGCAUUUUUUUGCGCCACGGAGUUGCACGGAGUUCUUGGGAUUUUCCUCGACGAUACCAGCUAUAUUGUUGAGUGUGCUAUUAUCUGGCUAUGGGAGGGAAUAUUGCUUGCAUUUUGUAUGGCCAUACAUUAGCUAUUAAAGAGCGUGGUUGUAUGCUUGUUUUGUUUUUUUAUCCCACUAAGAAGAAGGCCCGCCAAAAACCUGUAUAUAGAUAGAGAAAGGCAGGGCAAAGCAAAGGCAUUGAGAUGAUGUGAAGAAAGUGUCAUCCUAGCCUGGUGGUUGAUGUAGACGGUACAAAGGUGUUAGUUGGUCGGUUAGGUGAGGUGCUAUGGUAAUGAACAUUAUGAUGUCCCGAGAUUCAGGGCUUGUUUUGUUCAAGGGAGAUAUGAGUGUGUGAGUGGUUGAGUGAGAUCUAUUUGAUUAACUGUCGUGACGCCUUGUAUACCCUCCACCCAGUCUUUCUUGUAUUAUGGACUGCGCUCUG